AUGUUCGGAAGCAAUGGAUGGCGCACCGCGGCGCUAUCUAUUGCAGUCCUUGCUCCCCAUGCAAUGGCAGAUAUCUGCUCAACACUCAAAGACGGAGGCAUCGACAUCGAGUACCCGCUCUCAGUUACCUACAACAGUGACCUGACCAAGUAUUGGUCCGCAGCAUGCGGUGAUCUCAAGCCUACAUGUAUCGCCGCACCAUCUAGUGCAGCGGAGAUGUCACAAGUCAUCAAGAAUCUGCACGACGUGGAGACUCUCUUUGCUGUCAAAUCUGGUGGUCAUAUGCCCAAUAAUGGAUUUGCCAGUAUCCAGGAUGGAUUGUUGGUCUCGACGAAGAACUUGGAUCAAGUCGACUAUAACCAUGAAGAUCACACUGCUAUUAUUGGGCCUGGCCUUUCUUGGGAGGAAGCCCAGAAGGCUCUUGAUGGAACUGGACGGUGUGUUGUUGGAGGUCGUCUUGGAGGCGUAGGAAUUGGCGGAUAUAUGCUUGGAGGUGGAAUGAGUUUCCUGAGCACCCAAUAUGGAUGGGCUGCCAACAACGUGAAGGACUACGAAGUCGUCCUGGCUAAUGGCACAAUUGUUCAUGCGAACGAGAAAGAGAACACAGAUCUCUUUGCCUCUUUGAAGGGAGGUGGUAACAACUUCGGCGUGGUGACUGCAUACACAAUGCAGACGCAUCCUCAAGAUCACAGUGUCUGGGGUGGAAAUUUCAUUUUCACGUCGGACAAGACUCCUCAGCUUCUGAAGGCUCUGCGCAACUUUGUCGACGAGUACCCCGAUGACAAGGCAGCUAUCAUCUUGACCUCCGAGCAUGGCCCUGUCAUUGACUUUUGGAUCAUGUUCGUCUUCUACGACGGCCCCGAGCCCCCUGCUGGUGUCUUUGACGAGUUCACGGAUAUUGAGCACACCUCUACCGCCAAGACCUGGGACAGCUACUAUGAUCUGCUAAAGAACAACGACUUUUUCAUCCUCCACGGACAACGCUACACCAUCGCUACCGAGACCACUCCUCUCCCCAACAAGACUGUUGGCGCCGAUGUGCUCCAAGAGUACUACGACCACUGGUUCAACGUCACCGAAUCAGUACUCGAAGUAACCGGUGUUUUGGGCUCAAUUGCCUUCCAACCCGUACCCAGAACCUUCUCCCAGAAGGCCAAGGACCGUGGCGGAGAUCUCCUCGACGUUCCUACUGACACCCCAUACAUAUUCAUCGAGCUGGACUUCUCUUACGCCCUAUCGCUAGACGACGCCAAGAUCGACGCAGCCAAUAUCGACCUCUACCAAGGCAUGGACAACCUAGUCCAGAAGAACAUCAAAGAAGGCCUCCUCCCCGAUGUGUAUCGACCACUGUUCAUGAACGACGCGUACUACCGCCAGGAUUACUGGGGCCGUAUUAGUCCCGCCUCCAAGGCGCAAGCCCUGCAGACGAGAAAGCGUUAUGACCCCGAUGGGUUCUUCCAGAAGCGGACCAGUGGUGGCUGGAGAUUGAACUAG